UUGUACGUGUGCCUCUGCCGUUUUUGCGUAACGUUCCAAAGUCGGUAAUGGCGGGCUGCUUGGAUCAAGUUGGUUCGAUGCGGACCCGAUGAAAGUGCGUUACCAGUGGGCGAAAUUUUAGAAUAUCAACCUAACUAUGGCCGCUGCGUGCAUAAUUCUCGACUCGGAUGGUGAUGACGAAGUCGACUGCGGCUCGUGCGAGGUUCCUACCACGCCAGCGCGCGACGUUUCGCGGACUGGCGACGCAGUGCCGUUUGUGGAUUUGUGCAGCGAUGUCGAAGAAAACGACUGCGACGAUCUCCUGGUCGACGCCGCGCCGUCUAAAACCCAGGAAAAAUCAUCACCAGAGGAACGCCGCAGCAAGGGCGUGGUGAUGACGUCGACUCCGGCUGAGGCACCCCCACAAACGAGUGAGAACAGCGGCAGGAACAGCACCUCCGAAUGUGAGGUCCAUCGUGGCAGCCUGUGGGACAGCGACGAUGAGGAGCUAGCACCGCUGUCGGCUAGGCUGCAGCCGCGACAAGCCAGCAGCAGUCUACCAAAUAUGAAGACAAGCCCACAGGAUACCAAGGCAAGCUCACAAGACACUAAGACAAGCCCACAGGAUAUGAAAAUGAGCCUACAGAAUAUGAAGACAAGCCCACAGAAUGUAAUAACAAGCCCGCCGAAACGGAAAAUGGUACACAGAAUUUCUGACAGUGAGGAUGAAGACGGGCUUCCAGAUCUGGGACAUGUAAUUGGUACUUGUGUAGGAGCCGGGGGGAACGCUCGUCCUCUGACCAUGAAUGGUCAGCCUGCCCCCGCAGUGCCUGCGGCAGACACGGUUACACAUGCAAGUAUUUUUUUUUCUAUCUUUUAUUUUGCUGCCACCGAGACUGGUACUACCAGCAUUAAUUAA